AUGGACUACGAUCUUGUAUUGAAGGAAUAUGAGCCACAAGCACUAGAUGACAAUAGCACCGUUGAACAAAGGCUAAAUUUUGAAAAAUGGGAGAAAGCGAAUCGCAUGGCACUGUUGGUGAUCAAACGAUCCAUUGGUGAAGCUGUUAGAGGAGAUAUUCAUGCAAUUGACAAAGCAAAGGAUUUUCUAGAAGCAAUUGAGGCCAAAUUCAAGGUUUUAGAGAAGGGAGAAAUGGGGAAUCUCAUGACUACCUUGACAACUUUGAAAUAUGAUGGGAAAGACAUCAUACAACACACCAAAGAAGAAGUGGAGCCUGAACGAUCUCAUUUCCAUAUGUGUCCAACAGGAAAGUGGGAUAAAAAUGUGUCAAAUGAAGCAGUGAAUUUCAUAAGGGCUGAAACUGCGAGGCAGACUAUCUUGACAUCUGGGUUGCCCAGAAAUUCUGGAGAGUUUCCCUGUUUUCCCUCAGACAGCCGUCUUUCAGGCAAUUUUCUGGCCAUUGUGGGCGACCAUUUGGACUCCAAGCAGUUUUCUGCAAGAAAAAAGGAAAAAAAUCCAGAAAUUAAGUUUUGCUUUGGUAUUUUUAGGGCUACUCGGGAAGUUGGUGGAGCAGGUCACACAUCAUGGAGAAUAUUUUCGUACAAGGAGUUGCAUACAGCUACUAAUGGGUUUAGUGAUGACAAUUUGCUUGGAGAGGGAGGGUUUGGAAGUGUUUAUUGGGGAAAGACCAGUGAUGGUCUACAGAUUGCUGUGAAGAAGUUGAAAGCAAUGAAUUCAAAAGCUGAAAUGGAAUUUGCAGUUGAGGUUGAAGUUCUUGGAAGGGUUAGGCACAAGAAUUUGUUGGGACUUAGGGGCUAUUAUGCUGGGGCAGAUCAACGCCUUAUUGUCUAUGAUUACAUGCCAAAUCUUAGUUUACUUUCUCACUUGCAUGGCCAAUUUGCAAGUGAAGUUCGGCUGGAUUGGAAAAGGAGAAUGAAAGUUGCUAUUGGCUCAGCAGAAGGCCUCCUGUACUUACACCAUGAGGUGACACCCCACAUCAUUCAUAGAGAUAUAAAGGCUAGCAAUGUGCUGUUGGAUUCAGAUUUCGAACCACUAGUUGCAGACUUUGGGUUUGCCAAGCUAAUCCCCGAAGGUGUGAGCCACAUGACUACUCGAGUCAAGGGAACUUUGGGUUACCUAGCACCUGAAUAUGCCAUGUGGGGAAAAGUCUCAGAGAGCUGUGAUGUUUAUAGUUUUGGGAUUCUUCUUUUAGAGCUCGUAACUGGAAGAAAGCCCAUAGAAAAACUCCCUGGCGGAGUUAAGAGGACGAUCACUGAGUGGGCAGAGCCACUUAUAACCAAAGGCAGACUUAAGGAACUUGCAGACCCAAGACUCAGAGGAAACUUUGAUGAAGGCCAACUGAAGCAAGCUAUCAAUGUUGCUGCACUUUGUGUGAAAAGUGACCCUGAGAAAAGGCUCAAGAUUAAGGAAGUGGUAGAUCUUUUAAAAGGGUAUGAGGCUCAAAUCAAGAUGAAACCAUUGAGAAUUGAAAGUGUGAGAUACAAGGAGGAGCUUCUGGCACUCGACCAAGCUACCGAUGAUGAUGAAGAUGGAGGGACGGACGAAAGUACUAACGGGUAUGGAGUUUUCAGUGCUAUAGAGGUGCAGAAAAUGCAGGAUCCUUACAAGGAAAGAGAACGGCGAAAUAUGUGUGAGAGAGUAUUAAUUUGAUUUUGCUCAUCUAUAUAUAGCUCUUGAUUUGUCAAUACGAACGACAAGCAAUUGUUUUCCAUACAAGAGAAAUUGAUUUGUGAGAGGGGCUUGACA